ACACCUCCAAAGUUAUCAAUUAGUCCACUGCUUGGAGAUUUUGAUUACUUCAGUCCCAAGCUAAAAUGGCUUCUUCUUCUAAAGCAGUGGCAACUAUCGCUCUUCUCCUCUCCCUCAACAUAGUGUUUUUCACCACAGUCAGUGCAAACCAUUAUGUCCCUUGCCCGCCGCCACCGAAAACCCCGAAACACCCUCCAACACCACCAGCGGCGGCGACUUGCCCUAAGGACACCCUCAAGCUAGGGGUUUGUGCCAAUUUGUUGAAUGACUUGGUGCACCUUGUCGUGGGCACCCCGCCAAAGACCCCAUGCUGCAGCCUCAUUGAGGGUCUUGUUGAUCUUGAAGCUGCUGUGUGCCUCUGCACGGCUCUUAAGGCCAACGUUCUGGGGAUCAAUUUGAACGUGCCAAUCUCUUUGAGCUUGCUUUUGAAUUACUGUGGGAAGGGCGUCCCAGCUGGCUUCCAAUGCGCCUAGAUUGAUCGAUGUUCGAUAGUGUGGCUCAAUUGGUUCAUUUUCAUGUGAUUGAUCAUUUCCAGUAUUUUUCAUGUUCAUUAUUUGGAGUUCUCUUUAAUUUGUAUCUAGUAUGUUGAUUUUAUUUGCCUUUUUUUUUAAAAAAAUUGAGUGAUAUAUGGGUCGUAUGUUUGUGUGAAUAAAAAGAAACCAUUACUCUUUAUCUUUUGAAAUCGGCUUUUUAGCCAAAUUAUUACCCUACCUUUCAUGGUAGUGUCAAUUUGCUAACUUAACUUUUAUUUUAGCCAAUUUGUUAUCU